GCAGGAAUAUCCCACCUGUAACAUACUCUAGAUGUUGAUCACAUGGCCAGUUUUGGUAGAUUGAACCUACAGAAUUAGGACAACGUGAGUGAAGGGGCAGAAAAGGUCUUGGAGGAGGGAGAAUAAUCUGACCUCCAAUUAAACAGGUCAGAAACAUGACCUUCAACCCACUCACCCUCAGGGUAGGGGGAGGGGAAAAGAGUAAUUUGGAAUGAACAAACUCAGACCCUUUCUGCUCAUAGAGGGGCAGGGUUAGGUCUGCAGUGAUCUCUUGAUGCCCUUCACUGUGCUAGUUCAACAUCUAAAGAACAAACUCGUGGCCACCACUUUUCUCCUGAUCUGACUGGAAGGUUUUAGAGAUCCCUUCAAAAGAGGGAACAAAAUAUACCAAGAAAAUAACCAAAGGAAACAGGCAGAAACAAACAGGAGCCGUCAGUGACAAAGAGCAAGAAGAGGAAAGCUAAAACUUCAAGGGCAGAGACCAGGGACAGACCCAGAGGCAGACAGAAAGAACUAAUGUGGGAAGAAGAGAUGGGAUUCAACACACAAGAAGGAAUCUGCUCCUUCUCCUAAUCAGUGGACUGGAGAGGAUGAACAGAAGCUAGGAAGGAAGAAAGAUAUCGAGUAGCUUGGGACAGCAAAAGGCCACAGAUCCACCCAAUAGGGAUGCAUAACUCAGUCUUUUUCUGCUUUGUUUUAGGAUGUUUCUUAUGGUUCCCCAAAGUAAGAAGUGAAGAAGGGUGUCUCAAUGCUGAAUUCUGUUCAGGUACAGAGUGGAUCCGUCUGUGGUAUAUUUGGCUGGUGGUUGUGAUUGGUGGACUGCUGCUGCUGUGCGGCUUGGUUUCUGUCUGCAUGAGAUGCUGUUUCACUCACUGCCGUCAGAAUGGGGAGGAAUCAGGUCCUCGACCCUAUGAGGUCACUGUCAUUGCUUUUGAUCAUGACAGCACACUCCAGAGCACCAUUACCUCUCUCCAUUCGGUAUUUGGGCCAGCUGCCAGGAGGAUACUAGCAGUGGCACACUCCCACAACGCUGUGCAGGGCACGCCACCCCUCACAGCAUCAGACACCCCUCCGGUCUACGAGGAAGCUCUACACACAAGCAGGUUCACCGUUGCCAGGGCAGGACAGAAAGUGCUAGACCUGGAUCCAGCAACAAAAGAAAAACUGCAGACAUCUGCCGAGGACAAGGAUGCACAGCCAGUCCUUGCAGGACAGUAGUGCUUACAUUUACUGAAUGGCAGUAAAAUAUAGAAUAGUGACAUUCUGAGAGUAGUUCUUGUGGUCAGGUUUAGGAACAUCAGAUUAACCUCCUAAAUCUAAUGAGAAAGGGGAAAAAAAGAGACUAUAAUUCCAGAUGGCUCUAUAUGCAGUGUAUUUGGAUAGCUCUUUUUCACACCUUGAGAUAACUGACCACUGGCAAUCCCUGGAUCCACUUAUUAUACAUACACAUUACCAGAUUCACAGAUUGCACAUAUGAGCUGGCAGCAGGAUCAAAGUACUGAGCCUUGCAGGUUGGUGCUGGAUACCCACAGGGAAAUGCUACCUCAUUCUGAUUGCUGCCAGCCUAAAUUUCCUGGGGAUGGCAGAGGUUUUCAGAGCAGGAAAAACAAUAUGAAGAGGUCUUACAACCAAUAUUAAAACCAAACUCCAGGACAGCGCCAACCAUACACAGUAAAUUAAAGGAGGCUACAUGUACACAAUCUGCACAUAAGCGAGAGAGCAUAGUAGUAUUUACAGUUUCCUACAUGCUCUACAGGAUAUAUAGGAGUACUCUUGAAUUUAAUAUAUAGCAAUUCUGAAAUAGCAGUUAUAAGCUCUGGUAUUUGAAUUGAAGCUAUGAUGUGUGCAAUAACAAAUAAAACAAUAGGAGAAGAAAGAACUCUAUCAUUAAAAUAAAGCUUAAUUAUGUUUUGCCUUCA